CCAAGUCAAGUCAAGAGAACCAUGGCAUGAACUGAUUCCUGAUUUCCAUUUUAGCCACUUAUUUAUGAAGCUUUCUAUUUAUUAGAUCUUAGUACGUUGUGUAAGAUUUCUCAUAUCUUAUAUCUUAGUGCGUUGUGGUGGAAGCAUUAAACUUAAACUUUCCCUAAUCUAAUUGUGCUCUUGCAACUAUCAGUAUGGACGGGGAUUAUGAUUUGGAAAUGAAUAACGUGCAGCGUGUUGCCCGUCCAUAUAAUUGUGUUGAAGAUUCUAUGAGUUCGACGGACACGCCCGAAGUUGAUCUUAAACAGCUUAUGGAUGAACUUAGACUGGUUGAACUUGGAGUGAUAGGCCAUGUGGAUUUUUCUAUGAGUUCGACGGACACGCCCAAAUUUGAUGAUAAGAUUAAGAAACAGAUGAUGGAUGCACUUAGAGUGAGAGACCAAGGAGAAAAUAUAAUUGGAUUAUGCGGGCCACGUAAAAUGGUUGAAGCUUUUGUAAAAACAGUUAUAAGAAGAGCUGAGAGAGAUCAAUUGUUUGAAAAGAUUGUCACAGCAACUGUGACUAAGAAACCAGACAUUACAAAUAUCCAAAUGCAAAUUGGUGAUGCAAUAGGUCUCAAUUUUGACGAUAAGACGGAUGUAGCAGAAUCAACUUGUUUCAUGUUUUUCCGUAAUAGUAAAAAUACGAGAACUGUAGAAAGAGCUAGUCUUCUGUGCGCUAAGAUGAAGGAGCUGCAAACAGUCCUAGUUGUACUGUAUGAUCUUCAUGGCAGACUUGAUUUAGGUGAGAUUGGUAUCCCCUUUGGUGAAGAUCAUAAUGGUUGCAAGAUUUUGCUGGCAUCUACAAACUUGGAGGUUUUAUCCAAAGAAAUGAAGGUUCAUAAGUUGAUACAAUUAUCAGAGACAUGACAUCAUUAUUUUCCAAAGAAGCAGAGAUGAUGAAAAUUUGAAGUACAAAGAUGCACAUCAUUUGGAAAACACCAAGGUUGAGAGAUUAUUGACAAAUGCUUUAAUAGUUUUUUUUCUUCCUGUCAUAUGCUUGUGUUUGUAAUCUAAGAUAUGACCAGUUCUGUUAGUAGGAACUGUCUUGAUAUUACUAUCACCAUAUUAAUAUUGGCAGUCGACCAUAUGAUAAAGUGGAAGUCUUGAUUGCCUAUAAGAAUGUGACUCAUAAUAUUCUCCUCAUUUUACUGUUGGAUCAAUAAGUCCUAUUUUAUUUUAAUGUUUUAAUUGUGGAACUUAUCCCUGUUAAAAUUGAAAACAAAUUUGU